AUGUUGAGAACUACUCUUUUAUUAGCCAUCGGUGUUGUUGCUUCUCAGGCCUUCUUCUUUGGAGGAGGCGGUGGUGCCGCUUGCGGUUGCUCUGCUCCACCAGCUUGUCCUCCACCACCAUCACCAUCUCCAUGUGGUGGCGGAGGAGGUGGCUAUGCUAGAGCAUACUCUGCACCAACAUUUGCCGCCGGAGGAGGAUCCUACCCACAACAGCCACUUUAUCAGCCACAACCAUCCUACCAACCAGCUGCUGCUCCAGCCGCCUUCGGAUCUUCCUAUGCUGCUCAACCACAGCCAUUCGCCGCUGCUCCAGCUCCAUUUGCAUCUCAACCACAAUCGUUCGCAGCUCAGCCACAAUCAUUCGCUGCUGCGCCACAGCCAAUUGUUUCGCCACCACAAGGAUACGCUGCCCCACACAAGAGACACAUCAUCAACAAUAUGGAAGACACCGGAGUCGAUCAAUCUGAAGGAUAUGUUGCCCGUGUGAAGAGAGACGAGGAGGCUGUCUUCGAUCCAAAGUGCAAUUCUGAGGAUCUCAAGGCUAUUAUUAUUGCUAACAUCAACGAGAGCACCGCCGUUGCCAAGCGUCAAAUCCAAUCCGCCGCCGCCGAUGCCAUCGGAGGACGCGUUGACGUCAUCUGCUCUAAAGGAACCUUCUCCUACAUUGUGAAUACCGAAUUGUACUGUGAGACGGAGAAGGAUGGAACCACAUGCUUCGCCUUCAAACAAUCUUCCUAG